GGCCCGGGCCUAGCCUGGGGAGCGGGUGGGCGCUGGUUUUAGUGAGACGAUCACCACUGCAUGCUGGUAACAUUCUGCUCCGGCCAAGGUGGUGAGGGCAGCAGUUCCUAAGCAGCGCAAAGGCAGCAAGGUUGGUGAUUUUGGAGAUGCAGUCAACUGGCCCACACCUGGAGAGAUAGCUCACAAGAGUGUACAGCCGCAGUCCCACAAGCCCCAGCCUGCCCGUAAGCUGCCACCCAAGAAGGACAUGAAGGAACAGGAGAAAGAGGGGAACGAUAGUAAGGAGAGCCCGAAAACCAAGUCAGACGAGUCGGGAGAAGAGAAGAAUGGGGAUGAGGACUGCCAGCGAGGCGGGCAGAAGAAGAAAGGGAACAAACACAAGUGGGUUCCGUUACAAAUAGACAUGAAACCUGAAGUACCCAGAGACAAGCUGGCCUCACGCCCCACGCGCCCGCAGGAGCCGAGGCAUAUUCCUGCCAGCCGCGGGGAGAUCAAAGGGUCUGAGCCUGCCUCCUAUGUGCCCGUGCCCGUGGCCCCCCCCACCCCAGCCUGGCAACCAGAGACCAAACCGGAGCCCGCCUGGCACGACCAGGAUGAGACAUCGAGUGUGAAGAGUGAUGGGGCUGGUGGGGCUCGGGCUUCCUUCCGUGGCCGUGGACGGGGGCGCGGUCGCGGCCGGGGACGCGGCCGGGGUGGCACUCGAACCCAUUUUGACUACCAGUUUGGCUACCGGAAGUUUGAUGGUACAGAGGGGCCUCGCACCCCCAAGUACAUGAACAAUAUCACCUACUACUUUGACAAUGUCAGCAGCACCGAGCUGUACAGCGUGGACCAGGAGCUGCUCAAAGACUACAUCAAGCGCCAGAUUGAGUACUACUUCAGCGUGGACAAUUUAGAGCGAGACUUUUUCCUGCGACGGAAGAUGGAUGCAGAUGGCUUCCUACCCAUCACCCUGAUCGCCUCCUUCCACCGAGUGCAGGCUCUUACCACUGACCUUUCACUCAUCUUGAUGGCCCUGAAAGACAGCCAGGUGGUGGAGAUCGUUGAUGAGAAAGUUCGUAGAAGGGAGGAGCCUGAGAAGUGGCCUCUUCCUGGUCCCCCAAUAGUGGAUUAUUCACAGACUGAUUUCUCCCAGCUCCUCAACUGCCCUGAGUUUGUCCCCCGCCAGCACUACCAAAAGGAGACAGAGUCGGCACCUGGCUCUCCACGUGCAGUCACCCCAGUGCCAACCAAAACAGAAGAGGUCAGCAACCUAAAGACACUGCCCAAGGGCCUGUCUGCCAGCCUGCCUGACCUGGAUUCUGAGAACUGGAUUGAAGUGAAGAAGCGUCCUCGGCCCUCCCCAGCACGGCCCAAGAAAUCAGAGGAACCCAGGUUUGCCCACCCAGCCUCUCUGCCUCAGCAGCCACCCUCCCAGCAGCUGAUGUCCAAGGAUCAGGACGAGCAAGAGGAGCUGGACUUCCUGUUUGACGAGGAGAUGGAGCAGAUGGACGGGCGGAAGAACACCUUCACUGCCUGGUCUGAUGAGGACUCUGACUAUGAGAUCGACGACCGGGAUGUCAACAAGAUCCUCAUCGUCACCCAGACCCCACCUUACAUGCGCCGGCACCCCGGCGGAGACCGCACGGGCAACCACACCUCGCGUGCCAAGAUGAGCGCCGAGCUGGCCAAGGUCAUCAAUGAUGGCCUCUUCUACUAUGAGCAGGACCUGUGGACAGAGAAGUUCGAGCCUGAGUAUUCCCAGAUCAAGCAAGAAGUUGAGAACUUCAAGAAAGUCAACAUGAUCAGCCGGGAGCAGUUUGACACGCUGACCCCGGAGCCCCCCGUGGAUCCCAACCAGGAAGUUCCUCCUGGGCCCCCUCGGUUCCAGCAAGUCCCCACGGACGCCCUGGCCAACAAGCUGUUCGGUGCUCCCGAGCCCUCGACCAUCGCCCGCUCUCUUCCAACCACGGUCCCCGAGUCGCCAAACUACCGCAACGCCAGGACCCCCCGCACCCCACGGACACCGCAGCUCAAAGACUCCAGCCAGACGUCACGGUUUUACCCCGUGGUGAAAGAAGGACGGACGCUAGAUGCCAAGAUGCCUCGAAAAAGGAAGACAAGACACAGCUCAAACCCGCCCCUGGAGAGCCAUGUGGGCUGGGUGAUGGACUCGCGCGAGCACAGGCCCCGGACUGCUUCCAUCAGCUCCAGCCCCUCAGAAGGGACGCCUGCGGUUGGCAGCUAUGGCUGUACCCCUCAGUCACUGCCCAAGUUCCAGCACCCUUCCCAUGAACUGCUCAAGGAAAAUGGCUUCACACAACACGUCUACCACAAGUACCGUAGGCGCUGCCUUAACGAGCGGAAGCGCUUGGGCAUUGGCCAGUCUCAGGAGAUGAACACACUCUUCCGCUUCUGGUCCUUCUUCCUCCGAGAUCACUUCAACAAGAAGAUGUAUGAGGAGUUCAAACAGCUGGCUCUGGAGGACGCUAAGGAAGGCUACAGAUAUGGUUUGGAGUGCCUUUUUCGAUACUACAGUUAUGGCCUGGAAAAGAAGUUCCGACUGGACAUUUUCAAGGAUUUUCAGGAGGAAACCGUGAAGGACUAUGAAGCAGGUCAACUCUAUGGGCUGGAGAAGUUCUGGGCCUUCUUGAAAUAUUCCAAAGCCAAAAAUUUGGACAUUGACUCCAAACUGCAAGAAUACCUCGGCAAAUUCCGACGUCUCGAAGACUUCCGAGUGGAUCCCCCCAUGGGAGAAGAGGGCAGCCACAAGCGACACCCCGUGGUCGCCGGCAGCGGCGAGGGCCGGAAGCGGUGCCCCUCGCAGUCGUCCAGCAGGCCGGCUGCCACAGCCAGCCAGCCCCCUACGCCCCCCGCCGGCCAGCCUGUCCGGGAAGACGCCAAGUGGACAAGCCAGCACUCGGACACACAGACUGUGGGAAAGUGAAGCCCCGUGGCCCUGGCCAGGGUCAGGGAGGGGUGGGCAGGCAAGAGUCCACAGGGUGCCCAGUCCCUGGAGAGAGGGGACAGAGAAGGGCAGGCUUGGGGUCACUGGGAUGGACCUGUGUGCUGAGUAGCAGUGUGUACACCGUGGGGCUGUCAGGGCCCCGGCAGGAGCUCCAGGCCCCCUCCCCUCCCCUCCCCUCUCCACGACUCUACACCUGAGCUUCUUGUAAGGGGGGCGGGGGAGGGGGGAGGUUUUUUUUAUAUAUAUAUACAUAUAUAUAUAUAUAUCAAGUUUUAAAUUAUUGAUAGUUUGUCUGGAUUACCAAAAUCACUCUGCAGCCCUGCCCGCGGCUGGUAGGCCGCAGUCCCAGUCCCACCCACAGCCUCCUCCUGCUCCCUCAAGCCAACUAUGCAGCCCACGAGAAGGCCCUGUGGCCCCACUGCCCAGCACUGUCCCCUGGAGGGCUCUGGCGGCACCCCCGGCCCCAGGAGCACCAGCCCCGUGGCCAUCUGGGGCUUGUCACCCCCGUGUUCUCGCCCUGCUGUCCCACCAUGCCCUUCUGCCAGCUUCUGGGAGAAGGAAACCAAAGGAUCUGAAACCGGGGGCUGGGGGAAGGUUUCGGCCUCUCCCCGCUCCCCGCUCCCCACACCCUUUACUCCCCAGCCCAGAGAGACGCUGCUCAUACCAGAAAAGACUAUUGAAAGAUGAUUUAUUUUAUUUUUCUCUGACCUUUCCAUCCUUGGGAAAAUGGGGAAAAAAAAGACAAAAUCGACCAUAAAAGACCAAAAAAAAA